AUGACCCUCGUUGACAGCGAGGCUGCUUUUGCAGCUAGGUGUAAGGAGAUAUGUGGCGACGAUUCUCUUCACACAUUGCUGCAAGCCUCGGGGGUGCAAACUCACUCAGCCUUGGCCUUCAGUUGUGGAACUCCGAAGGCCCAACCCACGGAAGCAGAAUUUAAGGCUUUUGCUGAUUCCGUUGUCGGGAGCCCAGCGUCCAUAGGCCGCGUGAGCCAGCUCAAAAGACUUCAUUUCGAAUCCUCGACUUUGGUCAUUGCCCAGUUGCGCGCACUCGUAGAAGGGGAUUCAACAGAUGCUGGAAAAAGACUUCCGGCAGCGGAGAAAUCCGCCCGACUUGCGGAUGCCAAGAGGCGUUUGAAAGGCCUUGUCAUCGAGGAUGAGAUGGAGCCGAGUCAUGCCCUCAUUGAUGCAGUUUCCCACAUGGGCGAGUCGAAUGCGGUGGUUUGGAUCCCACCGUCGAAGUGCACUAAGAGGGAUGCCGAACUCAAGCUAGGGCUUCGCGACAAGCAAAAGUACUUGACUGUUCAGGAGCAAUCAGUCACCUUGGCCCCGGCUCCAGAUAAAAUCGUCGCUGAGCAUGGGACUCCCUUGGAGGUCCAAUGGUGUCUCCAGCGCCGAGGCUUGGCUUUCUUCAUGUGCGGCUUCAUGGAGUGGGAGACUCACGAGAAGUGGGUCGCGUCUCUGCUUAGAUGUUUGUCAUCGGAUGUUCCUCCGGGGUACGCACCCAUUUCGAUGCAGCAAAUUUUGCGAGCAGAUUCCGAAAUCUUCUUGCUUUUAGCCCGUGAGGUCAAGCGUGUCAAACCUGACAGCAGUGGUGUGAUGGAGAUGGAUGUUCUUAUGAAUCGGUUCCGUCAUGACCCUCGGAUCACCACCUAUCUCCAGCCACUUCAGCGUGGAUCAGCCUCUCAGGGAGUCGCUUCGCCGAGUCUCGCAGGUGAGGUCGGAUCAUCCUUUCCUGAUCUGAGGCCCAGCAAACGCCAAAAGAAGAGAGAUGCUAAGCUCAAGGCCCCUAUCAAAACUGCAAAUCUGCCUGAGGAGUUGAAGUCAUGCCCGUACCAUGCUGAUUCUUCAGGCAACCGGUUCUGUUGGCAGUUCAAUCUCGGUAAGUGCAAUGCCGAGUGCAAGGGCAGUCCGCCUGCUUGCAGCCGUGGUGUUCACGGUUGCAUGACGUGCAGGCGCUUAGGCCAUGGGCAUUCUGCUUGCUGGUUUGCCCAAGCAGGCAAAGGCAAAGGCAAGAAAGGCAAGGGAAAGGGCGACAAGAGGCAGCACCUCCAGCCUGUCGGCCAAGAUGAGGCCGAAAGUGUCACCAAACCUUUCAUAAAUGUUCACGAUGAUUCCGAACGUGACUCUGUGCUUUCUCCUCCUGAAGCCGAUGUCAACGCGGCAUGUUCCGCGUUCAAUUUCAGCUUCGCUGCGUUCAUGGGGAGCACAUCCAGUGUUCCAGGUGACCCUUGUGAGUCACUUGCUUCAAAAAUUCUUGAGCAUGGCAACUGCUCAUCUGAGCAACUGCUUGAACUCUCGAACAUGCUACCAAGCGAGACUCCAACUCGAAGUGAUGGAGCCGCCCCGUCAGGACGUGCCUUCACGACGGGAGCAUACUACCACUGUGGCACUGUAGGUGUCAGGCAUAAUGCGCGAGCUUACCCUCUGGCCUCGCGUCUCCUUGCCACUCUCGCCGCCAGUGUAUUCUCGAAUUUUCAUUUCACAAGUGUCGGCCUUUUCAAAGAUGUAAAAACUCGCAGGCACCGUGACCUCAGGAAUCUUCCUGGGUCCUUGAAUGGCGUUGCACCUCUUCGCCCAUUCUGCGGUGGUGCAGUGAGGCUGCAUCACCCUAGUGGUCCUGAGGACUUGCUGGUCUCAGCAGGGCCCGUCACGUUUGAUGCGACGGUAGAGCACGAAACUUUAGACUGGACCAACGGUCCCCGUCUUGUACUUGUGGCUUUCAGUGUGUAUGGAAUCUACAAAAUUCCAGUUUCAGAUGAGAGCUGUUUGAGGUCCCUGGGUUUUGCGCUCCCAGGUGUUACCGAUGCAACUGCCUCGGUUCCUGCACUCAGCCAUACGACCACAGCUGCUUCUGAUACUGUCUCUGGAGUCAUUAUAGAUGUAUUCGCUGGCGAUGCCGCCUUUUGCAAAGCCGCGCACAAAGCCGGCUUUAGAGCCCUAGCCUUCGACCUUAAGCCUCAGCGUGCCCAAUUCCCAAUUCAACCUCUCGACAUAACGCAGGCCGAUGAGCUUGCGGUGCUCCUGGAGGUGAUUUCCGAGCACGCAGGUGCUACGUCAUUGGUGCAGUUCACUGUCCCGUGCUUGAGUACCUUCUUCACGUCAAAGACUGGUUCAUGGAGUUUCGCCGAGUUGCUGGUGGAUGCUGUCUUUCAGCUUUGCUCGCAUUGCAGGGCAGUGGGAGUUCCUUUUGCGAUUCUGCACCCUGCUACGUCGCGCUUCUGGCACAUGCCGUCUUGCCAACACUUCUUCCAAGCUGCAGACGGUGAAUGGACUACAUUUGACCAAUGCAUGCAUGGAGGGGCCCAGGAUCGCCGCGCUUUCUGGUGGGCCUCAACUGCUUUGUUGCGCCCUUUACAGGCAACCUGCUCCAAGGACCACAAGCAUUAUAGUCAAGCUGCUUCGGCCCCGCAGUGGCCUCAUUUGCUUUGGGAUCGUGCUGUAGAGUUACUGUGCCAGCACUCAGGCUUCACGCCAACUACAUCAUCUUUGUUUGGCCCUCCGGGUCGUGACCUACGGCCUGCUAUGGGCAAGCAAUCUCGUAAAGCCCGGCCAUUGGUCAGCGAAUUCUGCAAAUAUGAUGCUUGGGCAGUGCCUCUUCGUGCCGAGCAACCUGUGCUCCAGCUCCUGAGAUGCUACCCUAAAGGAGCCCGCGCAGUAAGACGCAAACUUGUUGAUCCGGGGUUGGUUCGGGUUUGCGUUUUACCUUCUGUUGACUUGUGCAAGGUCGAUGAUGUCUUGUCGAGCCCCUGGACAUGGUCCACUAAGCAUUGCAAGCACGAUGCGCACACACCAACCAAGGAUUUCUCUGAUGUCUGCGGCUUAUUGCCUCCGACUGAGCAUUCUCCAGUGCUUGAAGUUGUAUGGAUUGGCAUUCCCCGUGAACCGGAUGACUUUUUACGUCGAGCUGUGGCAGCCGGUCACCCAGAAUCCCUUCUUGAUGUCGAAGCCGAUCCGCACAUGACCUUGCUGAUAGACAACCUUCUGAACAGCAAUGUCAAACAGCCAGACAAAGGUUUGCAUGAAGUUCAGCGUUGGACCGAGCUACGGUCGGACCUCUCCGAAUCCCAGGAUGUGUGCAAAAAGGAGUGGCCCAUCCAUGUGGCGCAGGUUCUGGAUGCAAAGCCAACUCUGUUGAUGGACGAAUUGCUCACCCAGCACGACUUUCCAGAUCGCCACCUUGUGAAGCACAUCGGGCUGGGUUUGUAG